UCUGGGACAUAAUGCAAAAUGUAUGUAGUUAAGUCCAUUUAAAAUUGUUGGAACAAUUUUGAUGCAGUUUUAUUUGUAGAACAGUCUCCGUUGGCUUUUCUGUGAAGUAAGGAAACAAAAGGUCUGCAUUGUCUCUCUGUUUCUUUGAUCUGGUGAUCAAAGAAUCUUUAUCUUCUUGGGUGACCAUUUGGUGUUGCAAAUGACUGAGUUCAUCACUUCUCCUUCUGUCAGGAAACAUGGAUGUUGUAAAAAGUAAUCAGCAUUGGUUUUCUCUGCAGACAAACUGGAGCCGAAACCUCGAUUCUGAAUUAGAAUUAUGUUUUGAAAGAAUCAUCUGAAUGAUUCAUUCGUCUGGUUCGUCCAUAGUUCCUACAAUACAUAUCAUUUCAAAGCAGCUUUACAGAAAAUGCAUGUUUCUACAUUAUAUCUGAUAUCAGAUAAGUAAUGUCAAUCAGGGUUGCCAACUCUCACGCAUCUGGCGUGACACUCACGCUUUCAGCAUCAAUCUCACGCUCUCACGCACACGCAAGAAAUGUCACGCCAAAAUCCAUUCUUCUCCCUUCUCAAUCCGUUACUUUCUGUUGAUGACUAGAUCACAGCGUAUUAAUGACAGGAGAGGAGUUUAAGGCCCACAGCUGUUACAUCUCCCUACAACGUUCUCGCUGCAGUAUUCUUUGAUCGUUGAUUGGCUGAAAACCUUGCACCUGAUACGUCAGUUGCGUGUGAGAAGUUCAGAGAGAGUUCGGAGCAUAGGUUCGGAGUCGGAGUCGGCACGUGUGAAAGUUUGGAAGACAAUCAAGAUCAAAAGACCCUCAAGAAAGAAGCUGCUCUACAUAAAUGGGCUAAAGUUCUUCUGAUGGUUCUCAGUGUCGGUCUCGUCUUUGCUCUCGGAGGUGUCUGUACCCUGGCAGUGCUUCUAACACAUUCAACACAUUUCAAUGUGUCUGUGUCUGAUCAGGACCACAAUGCCACAGAUUACAAACAACAGUUUGAUGAGCUUCACAACCAGCUUGAGGAGACACUUAGAAAGCUGAACAGAUUAAAUCACAGCACGGGUUGUGCACUUUGUUCCGUCCACUGGAUUCAUUUUGGGGGAAAGUGUUACUACUUCUCUACGGUCAAGAUGAACUGGACACAGAGUCGAGAUCACUGUGUGACUCUAGGAGGACAUCUAGUGAUCAUAAACAGCCAAGCAGAGCAGGAUUUUCUUACCUCUAAAGUUAAAGUGACUCACUGGAUUGGUCUGAAUGAUUUGGACACUGAGGGACACUGGUUUUGGGUGAACAACCAGCCACUUAAUGAUUCAGUAGAAUUCUGGAUAAAGCGAGAGAAUGGAGUCAGAGAGCCUGACAACUGGACUAAAGGCCAUCCGGCCGGUGAAGACUGUGCUAGUCUGGGGCAUCCAGCGGGAGAGACGGAUUUCUGGACAGAUGCUUUCUGUUUUCAAGAGAAAAGAUUUGUGUGUGAAGCUACUGCAGUGGUUUAAUUCAAUACAUUUUCAUUACUUUGAAUGGAAAUAAAUGCAUAGAACCA